AUGGUUCACCUGUGGGAUGCACGCACGCGCGCGCACGUCAAGGUGAGGGGCAAGGAUCAGGGUUCGGGGUUUUGGAGGUUCGUGUGUGGUUUACAGAUUAUGGUUAGGGGCAGAGGGGAGCAGUCCUUUGCCCGCCAGAGAGGGGCCGUCAUGUCGCUCUCCUGCCCCACUCUCUCCCUCUCCACUUCCCUCUUCCAGUCCUUAGCGUGCCACAGGGGGGCGGUCAUGUCGCUCUCCUUCCUCAUUUUUUUCCCGUUCCUCUUCCACCCUUCCCCCCCCCCCCCCCCCCCCCCCCCCCCCCCCCCCCCCCUCCCCACCCCUCUCGCCCCACGCCAGUCCUUUGCCGGCCACAGGGGGGCAGUCAUGUCGCUAUCCUUCCGGCCAGCAUCGCUCGACCUUUUCUCUGCAUCCGCCGACCGCAGCAUUAAGCUGUGGAGCUGCGCUGACGUGGCGUACAUGGAUUCGCUGUUCGGCCACCAGGCGGAGAUAGUGGCGCUGCAGGCGCUCAGGCACCCACAGCGGGUCGUGUCCGUGGCGAGAGACCGUACCUGCAGGCUCUGGAAGGUACCAGAGGAGACCCAGCUGGUGUUCAGAGCGCCCGCGCCCUCCUGCCUGGACUCGUGCGCCUUCCUCUCGCCCUCUGCGUUCAUCACCGGCGGUGAUGACGGGUCGCUGUCGCUCUGGUCCGCCCUCAAGAAGAAACCCGUGCAUGUCUCAUGGGUGGGGGCUGUCGCCGUGGCGCCUGGCUCUGACCUGGCAGCCAGCGGGGCAGGCGACGGCGCUCUCAGGCUGUGGCAUUGCGACACGUCAGCAAACCGGCUUCGCCCAGUGGGGUCACUGCCAACGGUUGGCUUCAUUAACUCUAUUGCAUUCGCACAUCGAUCAGAUUUCGUCAUCGCAGGCAUUGGCCAGGAGCCACGACUGGGUCGCUUUGAUUAG